AUGUCUGAACGCGAAGCUCAGGAACUGAUUGCCAAGGCCGACAAGAAGGCUACCUCCUCCUCGUGGCUCUUUGGCGGAAACAAGUACGAAGAGGCCGCAGAGCUUUACACCAAGGCCGGUAACAUCUACAAGAUGGCCAAGCGAUGGAAGGAGUCGGGCGACACGUUCUGCAAGGCUGCGGAUAUGCAGUUGAAGAUGAAUGAGAAAGACGAGGCUGCCAACACGUUCAUCAAUGCCUCAAAGUCAUACAGAAAGUCGAGUCCUCAAGAGGCUAUCUUGUCUUUGGAGAACGCUAUCCAGAUUUUGACAGAGCGAGGACGCUUCCAGUCGGCAGCUAAGCAUCAGGAGGACAUUGCCAGCAUUUACGAGUCUGAGCUCAUUGACCUUGACCAGGCGAUGCGUGCCUAUGAAGUAGCGGCCGAUUGGUACGCAGGAGAGUCUUCAACAGCUCUUUCGCACAAGUGCAUGCUCAAGGUCGCUACAUUUGCUGCUCAGUUGGGACAAUACGACAAGGCCAUCGAAAAGUUUGAGCUCGUCGCCUCUGCCAGUUUGGAUAACCAGCUCAUGAAGUGGUCGCUGAAGGAGUACUUCCUCAAGGCUGGACUCUGUCAUAUCGCCAGUGGGGACUCUGUCACCGCCCACAACGCUGUCAACCGCUACUGCGAAAUGGAUGUUACAUUUGGAUCAACCAGGGAAUGUCAAUUCUUGCAGAGCAUUCUUACUGCUGUGGAUAACAGUGAUGUGGGCCAGUUUACAGGAAGCGUCGUUGAGUUUGACCAAUUGAGCAAGCUGGACAAUUGGAAGACCAAGAUCCUGCUGGAGAUCAAGAACAGCAUAGGAGAGGAGUCCAGCCUGAUCUAA